GCCACGACUUCCCACGUUUAACUUGCAAAUCGGGCUUAAAAUCCUGUAGUGUGAACUAGGCCUAAGUCUAUAUCUGUCUAUAUAUCUGUCCUGACUAGUCUAGUGUUUUCUGACUAGUUUGCCUGUAUUUUCUGUCUAGUCUGUCUGUCUUUUCUGAGUUGGUCUGUUUGACUGUCUUUUCUGAUUAGUCUGUCUGUUCUGACUAGUCUGUUUGUCUGUCUAUUAUUUUUCAGACUAAUGUGUCUGUCUGUCUUUUUGGACUAACCUGUCUUACGUUUUGUAGUUGUUUGUUAAAAAGGGGACAUUGGAUGCAAAAUUCACUUUUACAUGGUGUUUGAACUUAAAUGUGUCUUGGCAGUGUGUGUAUUGUACACAACCACCCUACAAUAAUAAAAAUCCACCCAGUGCUUUUUUUUUUUUUAAAUCCCCACAAAUCAUAAGCACUUUCUCAGAGCAAGCCAUUCACAGAACCUGGACAAAGUGCAGUCACUUUGCACAGGCCCCUCCCACAACUGUUGACAGACAUUUAGCAUAGACCCCCUCUGAGUGAGCUGUAAACAGUCCGCCAUUGUUCUGAUGUCAGAGCAGAUGUAGACAAGAAUGUCUCCUAAGCGAUUUUGAGGUGUUUUGUUGUUGGAUGUUAGAAUGAACAUAGCAGUCGUCAUUUACUCCCGACAUCUGAGCCGCUGAAGACGCAGUGGAUUACUUUUGUUUUUGAAGGGAAUGUGCCCCCUGAUCUACCUAAACGCAUUUAUGUCUGCAUGAAUCAUUUUACUCCAGACUGCUUUCUGAAUGAGGGACUAAUCAAGGCAGGUUUUGCUGAAAAGUUAAAACACAACAAUGGAUCAGUACCCACUUUUCAUGAUCCAGCUGCACCUCCAGAAGAAGACGGUGGACUACAGUUCCAGAAAACCCAGGCCUGGGGAAAUCAUUAACCAGAGACAAAGCACAACAGCACACUGACCUCAUCACAUAUUGCUGCAUUAUCACUGGCCAUCUGAGUUGGAGAGUAAGGUGGGCUUGGUUUGCGAGCGUCGCUCUGCAGAGCCGUCCGAUGACUGUCUGACUCAUCACAACCCGCGAAUGACAGGCGUGCAUUCGAGGGUGGGGCCCGCCUCAGUCUCACAUGAUUGGCUGCUGGAUGGAAAUAAGGUGAAUGGAACACAUGCCCAAGGAGCAGGACCCAAACCAAUCAGAGGGAGAAGAGAAACGGUGGCUCGAUGGCCCGAAAAGGAAGAGAAAGAACAGUCAGUGUUCGGUGAAGAGCAUGUCUGGGUACAUCCCCAGCUAUCUGGAGAAGGAUGAGCCGUGUGUGGUGUGUGGAGACAAAGCUACUGGCUAUCACUACCGCUGCAUCACCUGCGAGGGCUGUAAGGGAUUCUUCAGGCGCACCAUCCAGAAGAACCUCCACCCCUCUUACUCCUGUAAGUACGAUGGCUGCUGCAUCAUUGACAAGAUCACCCGCAACCAGUGCCAGCUGUGCCGCUUUAAGAAAUGCACCGCCGUGGGCAUGGCCAUGGAUCUGGUUCUAGACGACUCCAAGCGGGUUGCAAAGCGGCGCUUGAUUGAGGAGAACCGUGAAAAGCGGAAGAAGGAGGAGAUGGUCAAAUCCCUGAAGAAUCGGCCAGAACCCACCAGCUCAGAGUGGGAGCUGAUCCGUAUGGUGACAGAAGCUCACCGCCACACCAAUGCACAGGGCUCUCACUGGAAACAGAAACGCAAGUUCCUGCCAGAGGACAUUGGACAGUCUCCGGUGGCCCCCACAUCAGACGGGGACAAAGUGGAUUUGGAGGCCUUCAGCGAGUUUACCAAGAUCAUCACCCCAGCCAUCACACGUGUUGUUGACUUUGCCAAAAAACUGCCCAUGUUUUCGGAGCUGCCUUGUGAGGAUCAGAUCAUCUUGCUGAAGGGUUGCUGUAUGGAGAUUAUGUCCCUACGUGCUGCAGUUCGGUAUGACCCAGAAAGCGAGACCUUGACCCUGAAUGGAGAGAUGGCUGUCAAACGAGAGCAGCUAAAGAAUGGAGGGCUGGGCGUUGUGUCUGACGCCAUCUUUGACUUAGGCAAGAGUCUAGCGCAGUUCAACCUGGAUGACACAGAGGUGGCCCUGCUGCAGGCCGUGCUGCUUAUGAGCUCAGAUCGCACAGGCUUGACAUGUGUGGAGAAGAUCGAGAAGUGCCAGGAGAUGUACCUCCUAGCGUUCGAACACUACAUCAACUAUCGCAAGCACAACAUUCCCCAUUUCUGGCCCAAGCUGCUGAUGAAGGUGACGGACCUGCGCAUGAUCGGAGCCUGCCAUGCCAGCCGCUUCCUGCACAUGAAGGUGGAAUGCCCCACUGAACUCUUCCCCCCACUUUUCCUGGAGGUCUUUGAGGAUCAGGACGUGUGACAUCCCAGUGAGCUACGGCAGGAGAAUCAACAAUGUUUUGUAACCCGUGUUUCUCUACCCGUCUCACCCGGCUCCACGCACCAAACUCACCAGCAGCAGCUGAAUUGGCAGGGGUCAUCUUCAGAAAGGCUUUUAUACGGGGAGUUUAUUUUUUAGUUUUUGCUUUUCGCAGAAAACUCAGCCCUCCCUCAUCUACUAAAUUCCCCACGCGUGGCCCUUCUGUCUCGGCAUGAUGUCUUAUACUGGUUUACCAACACCUUAGACACAGAAUAUACAUCUACACACACACACACACUCCUGUAAGUGUGCUUACAGAUGCAGUACUCAUGCAACUCAAAUCCUCCGAUGAGCUUAUAUGCAUUUGUACGCGUACAGACAGCACUACUGUCAUGCCACCACUGGAGGUGCCCUCUGCUAAGACUGGAUGGCAGCUGGCAUAUAGAUUCCUCCGCCAGGUCGUGAAGUGGUCAGUUAAUUUUAUUGAUUAAAAUCUCAAUUCUUGUGAGAUUAACCGUUGGUAUCUCAAGCUUUGCGCUAACAUGGAUCUUCUUUAACAGACCUCAUGAUUCUCUUCGAUAUUGAGCCUGUGUGUGAAUUGGGAGGACUUUUUGAACCAAAUCAGGUGCUAUAUUUAAAUAAAGCUACUCAAAAUGAUUUGGGACUUUUCGAGACCAUACCCCCCUCCCUUCUCUGUAGGACACGGACCGUUCAAAGCUCUCGGUCGCCAUUUUAGUGUACAUUCAGGGGUGCCGCUCAGUGACUUUGUGUGCAGUUCAUUCUUGCCAUUGUCUGGGCUUAUUUGUGGGCUCCUUGAGCCCCUCUUUGUCCCUGGAAAGUCACGCAGAGAGAUGGAAAUCCAGGCACCCCUACACCUCCAAUCCGCACUGAUUUGUGUAUUUUACAGGUGUCGGGAGGGAGCCAGUAUUACCGUACUCCCAGACCCAGCACACACAAACAUACUAAAACACACACCUCAAAACUCGAAUGCCUCAUUUUUACUGUAUGCACUGCAGUGCUGUAGUUCUGGACUCCCAUGCAGGGCUUUGAGAGUUCAGUCCAGCCCAUCUGUGUUCCGCUCAGAUGCUACUGUUGCCCGGUCUGUGCGAACACACGCACACACUCCUGACGGGCCAUGGCGGACUGACUGUCGUUGAUGUUUUUUCUUUGUGUUGUUUUUGUUUUACCUCAAAUGUGGGCACACCUUUGGCUGGCUGUGGCUCCAAGACUGCCUCUGUGCGGACAGGUUCUACCUCACCUCUGGACACAGGGCAGCUUACCCUCAGCCACACAGACACAGUAACACACACCUACACACACUCGUAUCCUCACACACUGACAGCCAGGAUAGAAACACUCGCAGACACAGUUUCUUCUCAGUUACAUUGAAAUACCACUGUAGACAGGAGGGCCUGCCAUCACCCAA